AUUUCAGCUAAUACAACAAUUACCACCCCAAUACACGCCUUUCUGGCAAAUUCGGCAGCCAGGGUUUUUCUUCACUUCCGCUCCUCCUCCUCCCUUCCUCUUCCUCUUCAUCCUCCCUUUCUCUCCCCCCCCCUUGGACUUAUUCUUUCCACAACAAGGACAGGAGUCAAUCCUGAAGAUCAGGAUCUCAGUCAGAUUCUGUGUACCCUGAAACCUUAAUCAAUCCAUUGCAGUUGUUACCGUUGUCAGACUUUCCCAUCAUGUCGUCCACGGCAAUCCCCAAGCGGGUUGCGCUUCACCGCAACCCCGGAACAGAUAGCUCUGUUCCCAGUUCUGUCGCUGUCUCGCCUCUGGGCACUCCUCGCCAAUCGCCCUCCUCAACCUCGCUGUCGUCCAUGUCGGACGACGCGGAGAAUAACGGAAAGAUGCUGGACACCUAUGGCAACGAAUUCAAGAUUCCCGAUUUCACCAUCAAGCAGAUCCGCGAUGCCAUUCCUGCCCAUUGCUUCGAGCGCUCUGCCGCCACCGGCUUGUACUAUGUCUUCCGGGACGCUGCCAUCUUGGCCGCCGUUUUCUACCUCUUUCACAACUAUGUGACACCCGAGACCGUGCCUUCGUUCCCUGCUCGCGUCGCCCUGUGGGCUCUGUAUACCGUCGUCCAGGGUUUGGUCGCUACCGGAAUCUGGGUUCUGGCCCACGAGUGCGGUCACCAAGCUUUCUCUACCUCCAAGGUUCUGAACGAUACCGUUGGCUGGAUCUGUCACUCUGCCCUGCUAGUCCCGUAUUUCUCCUGGAAGAUCUCUCACGGCAAGCACCACAAGGCCACCGGUAACAUUGCCCGCGACAUGGUCUUUGUGCCCAAGACUCGCGACCAGUAUGCUUCUCGUAUCUCUAAGACCAUCUAUGAGCUGCACGAGUUGAUGGAGGAAACCCCCAUUGCCACUGCCUGUCAUCUGGUUCUCCAGCAGCUGUUUGGCUGGCCCAUGUACCUUUUAACCAACGUCACAGGCCACAACAACCACGAACGCCAGCCCGAGGGUCGUGGAAAAGGAAAGCGCAACGGUUACUUUGGCGGCGUCAACCAUUUCAACCCUAACAGCCCUCUGUACGAGGCUAAGGAUGCUAAGCUCAUCAUUCUCAGCGACCUGGGUCUGGCCAUUGUCCUUUCCAUUCUCUACCUCAUUGGCUCCAAGUACGGCUGGAUGAACCUCCUCGUGUGGUACGGCAUUCCUUACGUCUGGGUGAACCACUGGCUGGGUAAGUUCCAAAUCUUCAAUCAGAUAUUCUCACCGGGAUUGAAAACUAACUUGUUUCUAGUUGCUAUCACUUACCUGCAGCACACUGACCCCACUCUCCCUCACUACCAACCCGAGUACUGGAACUUUGCCCGCGGUGCCGCUGCCACUAUCGACCGUGAUUUUGGCUUUGUUGGCCGCCACAUCUUGCACGGCAUCAUUGAAACCCAUGUCCUCCACCACUACGUUAGCACCAUCCCCUUCUACCAUGCCGAUGAGGCCAGCGAGGCCAUCCAAAAGGUGAUGGGCACCCACUACCGCACCGAGGCGCACACCGGAUGGACCGGCUUCUUCAAGGCCAUGUGGACCAGCUCCCGGGUGUGCCACUGGGUCGAGCCUUCCGAGGGAACCAAGGGCGAGAACGCCGGUGUUCUCUUCUAUCGCAACACCAAUGGCAUCGGAAUCCCCCCCGUCAAGCUCUCGAAAUAGAGUACACCAUGUCUGUUUUACACAUCAGUACAUAGAACGCUUGAGAGCCUUUUUUUCUUUUCUUUCUUUUUUUCUCUAAAUCUCUCCCCCCUUUUUUUUAAUAUUUCUCUCAUCUCUUGCGCUUUUUAAACCUUCUCGAUGAUUUAUUCUCCUCUCCCGUGGUGUGCUCUCGCAGGAACGAAACGGCCACGAUAUACUUCCCCGUCAUAGAUCAGAGAGCAGCUGCGAGUUGCAUGUUCCCAUGUUUUUUUUUUUUUUUUGAGUGCAAGGCGUACAACGGAGACGUGGGAGAGACGUUACUUUUUGUGUCUGUUCUUGAUAUAAUGGAUCACUUCUUUGCCUGAUAAAACGAUGAUGACUGGAGUUGUUUCUGCAUCUGUGUGUGCCUAUGUCUGGUUUUAUGUUAUUAGAGA